UUUCUGGUUUGCGUUUUAGGCUUCGGUGUAAGUCUGUACAAUCAUGCCGGAACCAGCGAAGUCCGCUCCGGCCCCGAAAAAGGGCUCCAAAAAGGCGGUCACCAAGGCACAGAAGAAAGACGGCAAGAAGCGCAAGCGUAGCCGCAAGGAGAGCUACUCCGUGUACGUGUACAAGGUGCUGAAGCAGGUCCACCCGGACACUGGCAUCUCGUCAAAGGCUAUGGGCAUCAUGAAUUCCUUCGUCAACGACAUCUUCGAGCGCAUCGCGGGCGAGGCGUCGCGCCUGGCGCAUUAUAACAAGCGCUCGACCAUCACAUCCAGGGAGAUCCAGACGGCUGUGCGCCUACUGCUGCCUGGGGAGCUGGCCAAGCACGCGGUGUCCGAGGGUACCAAGGCCGUCACCAAGUACACCAGCGCCAAGUAAAGUUGUCCAGCAACCGUUCUUAGACCAACCACAAAGGCUCUUUUAAGAGCCACUAAGUUGUCAAUAUAAGGAACUGGAAACACUUAUUCCACUUUUCUUUGUAGCACCGCAUUGUUCUUGGUAAACACUGGCCGUUAUCGCUAAA